AUGCUUUCAAGUCCGUUAUAUAGUCCAUCUCUGCUAACUGUAUCGAAAGCCUUAUUCAGACGCGCGCUGUCGCUGCUGGCGGGCGGGCUGUUCCUGCCGGGCUGCGCGGGGCUGCCGGACCCCUGCGAGGCGGCGCACUCGCGCGCGCACACCGCGCUGGACCUGACCGCUCAGGACCACGCCGCCACCACCGCCCAGACGACUCUUGUUCUCGCAUACGCGCCCGCACCGCACUUGAGGGGUGGAGAUCUCCUUCGUGUGGUGGCCCGAGGAGGACAUCGGUACGUGUUGGGACUGCAGGCCUUCGAGGGUGGCAAGGACAUCUCCACUGAGAUCACCGUGUGGGACGGUGUCGUGGUGUCUCCACUGGCCCCUGCUUACAGCGAUGCCCCCGAGCCCAUGGACACUGAUGAUAAAGAUGACGAAGGAGUGCAAGACGGAGUCGCCGCUUAG